UUCUUUUCAUAUUUACAGCGUUGAAUCUCUCACUCUCUCAUUCGUCUCUAGAAGCCAGGCUGCACUAUUCAUGAUACCUUCUUGUUUAGUUUAUUCCCACAUUUUUCUUCCCUUCUUCCUGAGUUUGUUUGUGAUUGAGUCUUGUUGAGAUAUCUUGCCAAAACAAACUGAAACCAAGAAAAACAUGUAAAUUAUACUUUGUUGGCUUCUGAUUAGCAGUGUUAGUCCCAAUGGCAGCCAAGUAACUUUGUAGAGAGAUACGAACAGGUUCACACAGGUUGAUACUUCGAUAUUGAUUCCCUUUGACCCUUUUUGGUGGGCAAAGAUAUGGAAGAAACGUUUGUACCGUUUGAAGGAAUCAAGAAUGAUCUGAGAGGAAGGUUGAUGUGCUACAAGCAAGAUUGGACGGGUGGAAUCAGAGCAGGCUUAAGGAUUUGGGCCCCCACAACAUACAUAUUUUUUGCCUCCGCGAUACCUGUCAUUUCAUUUGGGGAACAACUAGAGAGAAAUACUGGAAAUAGGACAGUAGUUAUAACUAGAGAAUAUUCACACAGCUUGAUAACGUGUGCAUGCUGUUUUGCAUUUGCAGAUGGUGUUCUAACUGCUGUUCAAACCCUGGUAUCCACAUCCAUAUGUGGCAUUAUACACUCAAUCCUUGGUGGUCAACCUUUACUGAUUUUAGGAGUGGCAGAACCUACCGUGAUUAUGUACACAUUCAUGUUCAAUUUUGCAAAAGAGAGACCAGAGUUGGGCCGGAAUUUGUUUCUGGCAUGGAGUGGAUGGGUAUGUGUGUGGACUGCACUGUUGCUAUUCUUAUUUUCCAUCUUAGGGGCUUGCUCCAUAAUCAACAGGUUUACCCGUAUUGCAGGAGAGUUGUUUGGCCUUCUUAUUGCAAUGCUCUUCAUGCAGCAAGCUAUCAAGGGACUUGUUGAUGAGUUUGGCAUACCAGAGAGAGAAAAUCCGAAAUCAAUUGAGUUUACACCUUCUUGGAGGUUUGCUAAUGGGAUGUUUGCUUUAGUCCUUUCGUUUGGCCUUCUCCUCACUGCAUUAAGAAGCAGGAAGGCUAGGUCAUGGCGUUAUGGUACUGGUUGGCUACGCAGCCUAAUAGCUGACUAUGGUGUGCCACUUAUGGUCCUAGUUUGGACAGGUGUGUCCUACAUACCAGCUGGCAGCGUUCCACAUGGUAUCCCAAGGCGCCUGUUUAGCCCAAAUCCAUGGUCACCGGGUGCAUAUGAGAAUUGGACUGUCAUUAAGGAUAUGGUCCAUGUUCCUGUUGUCUACAUAAUCGGAGCAUUUAUCCCCGCAACCAUGAUUGCUGUGCUUUAUUACUUUGACCAUAGUGUUGCCUCCCAGCUUUCCCAGCAGAAAGAAUUCAAUUUGAGAAAGCCAACUUCUUACCAUUAUGACUUGCUUCUUUUGGGCUUUUUGACCUUAAUGUGUGGCCUUAUUGGAAUUCCUCCAUCAAAUGGAGUCAUACCACAGUCUCCAAUGCACACAAAGAGUCUAGCAACUCUUAAACAUCAGUUGCUUCGUAACAAAUUGGUGGUAACCGCACGAAGAAGUAUUGGAAAGAAUGCUAGUUUAGCACAGUUAUAUGGCCAUAUGCAAGAAGCUUACAAUCAAAUGCAGACGCCUCUUAUUUAUCAGGACCCCUCUGCUAGAGCACAAGGCCUAAGAGAAUUAAAAGAAUCAACCAUUCAAGCAGCUACCAAUAUGGGUAACAUGGAUGCCCCAGUAGAUGAGACUGUAUUUGAUGUUGAGAAAGAAAUAGAUGACCUUUUGCCCGUUGAGGUAAAAGAACAGCGUCUUAGUAACUUGCUUCAAGCAACCAUGGUUGGAGGAUGCGUUGCAGCCAUGCCUUUCCUCAAGAAGAUCCCAACUUCAGUCCUUUGGGGCUACUUUGCCUUCAUGGCCAUUGAAAGUUUGCCAGGAAACCAGUUUUGGGAAAGAAUCUUAUUACUCUUCACUGCACCAAGCAGAAGAUACAAGGUGCUUGAGGAUUACCAUGCUACUUUUGUAGAAACAGUCCCUUUCAAGACAAUAGCAACCUUCACCAUUUUCCAAACCAUUUAUCUUCUUAUAUGUUUUGGACUAACAUGGGUUCCUAUUGCCGGGGUCAUGUUUCCUAUGAUGAUCAUGCUCUUAGUUCCCGUAAGACAGUACUUUCUCCCCAAAUUUUUCAAAGGGGUACACCUUCAAGACUUGGAUGCAGCAGCAUAUGAAGAACAAACUGCUUUACCAUUCAACCUUGCAACACAAUCAGAAUUUGGAGCUGGUGCUUCUCAUGUUGGAGAUGGUGAGAUAUUAGAUGAAGUUAUAACUAGAAGCCGUGGCGAGUUUAGGCACACUAGUAGUCCAAAGAUCACAAGUUCCACCCCAACACCAGGAAAUGAACCUAAAAGCCACUUGAGUCCACGUCUCUCUUUCAGUUCUCGUUUAAGUGAGUUCACAACUGAGCAGAGUCCACGGUCUGGUGCAAGAGGUCCUCAUAGUCCAAAGGCCAGAGAAGUUAGAUUAUCAAAUAUUGGAAGAAGUCCUCUUAACCCAGAUUCUAAACAGCAGGAUCACAACAAAUAAUUGAACGUAGAAGAUUGCAAUCAUAUGCCUUAGAAGGAUUUAGGAGGCUAGUUGUUGCUACAUUUCCAUUGCGGUUUGGUCUUUAAUUUUGCUUGUCAUGGUUGUAAGUUGUAACUUGUAAAGUCUUUUCCCUUAUCCCAUAUACGGCACACGUAUGUAACCAAAGUGUGGCGUUUUCCUAUAUCAAUUGUAU